CGCGGUGACGCGCCCCGCCCCUCCCCGAGCCGCUGCGCGCCCCGCGCUGGAGGCGGUGUUCGUCCGCUGGCCGCAGUGCGUCCUCACCACUAGGGCCCCGCGACCGCACCCAGUGAAGAACGAUGAACGGGGACUCGGGCCAGGAUGGAGGGGGGGUGGUGGCGGUGGCGCCCGUGGCUGCAGAGCCCCCCAGGGAGAGCUACUUGGACCGGAUGGAUGACCCCGAGUUCCUCCGCGAGCGAAACAUGGCUGCCGACCUGCGGCAGGAUUUCAACAUGAUGGAGCAGCGCAAGCGCGUGUCCGUCAUUCUGCAGAGCCCGGCCUUCCGGGAUGAGCUGGAAUCGCUGAUCCAGGAGACGAUGAAGAAGGGAAAGGACAUCUCCGGGCUGAAGGCACUGCAGCAGAUCGCAGACUACAUGCUGACAGCUCCUGGGCCGUGCCCGACACCCUCGGCCAGCGGUAUCACGGGGCUCAACAUGGGAGUCGGGAUGGUGAUCCCCAUCAAUGACCUGCGUGGCUCCGAGUCGAGCACCUACGUGAAAGGGGAGAAGCUGCUGCGCUGCAAGCUGGCGGCCGUCUACCGCUUGGUGGACCUCUACGGCUGGUCGCAGCUCAUCUACAACCAUAUCAGCGCAAGAGUGAACAAGGAGCAGGAGCACUUCCUGAUCAUCCCAUUCGGUCUCCUCUUCAGCGAGGUUACAGCCUCCAGCCUGGUUAAGGUGAACCUGCAGGGUGAGAUAGUUGACCGUGGAAGCACCAACCUUGGCAUUAACCAGGCGGGGUUCACGCUGCACUCCGCCAUCUACGCUGCGCGGCCCGAUAUCAAAUGUGUGAUCCACGUGCAUACACCUGCCGGCACGGCCGUGUCGGCUAUGAAGUGUGGGCUGCUGCCCAUCUCACAGGAGUCCAUGAUACUGGGAGAGGUGACAUACCACGACUAUGAGGGCAUUCUCGUCGAUGACGAGGAGAAGGCCAACCUGCAGAAGAACCUUGGCCCGACCAGCAAGGUGCUGAUCCUGAGGAACCAUGGGUUGGUGGCACUGGGGGAAACGGUGGAGGAGGCUUUUCACUACCUAUACAACCUCGUGAUGGCCUGCGAGGUCCAGGUGCGCACGCUUGCUAGUGCCGGAAGUGUCGACAACGUGAUCCUGCUCGAUGAGGAGAAGCUGCGGGUGCGUACGCAAGGGAUCGUCACUCAUGGCAACGUGAACAUGGCUGGUUUACACACGUGGGGCGUCGGGGAGCAGGAGCUGGAGGCAUUGAUGCGCAUGAUGGACAGCAUGGGCUACCGUACAGGUUACGCGUAUAGAAAUCCCGUAAUGAGGGAGCGCCCGCGCCAGCGCGGCGAGGUGGAAAUCCCAGCCACCUCGUUUGGGCUCGAUGAUGACUCUAUGGUGCACUCGCCGCUCAAGUUGCUGGCCGCGCGUCAGCAGCGCGACAAGACUCGCUGGCUGAACUCGCCCAAUGCCUACAUGCGCGUGGAGGUCACGCAGGACCAGCGCAACGGAGCGGGCGCCCCCAAGACUAAGGUGUGGGCGCCCAACACACACCGAACCCCCGCGCUGGCGUCCUCCCUCUCCUCCGGUGUCUGCGUGCCCAGCUGUAUCACAAACUGCUUGUGGCUCAAGGCGGAAGAUCCACCCAAGGGCGCUGGGGGGGGCGGUGCCCCCCUCAAGGUUGAAGACAGCAACAUGUUUGUGCCUCUUGGCACCGACCCACGGGAGGUGCUGGAGACACGCAACAAGAUCCGUGAGCACUACCGGCACGACGUGAAGACAGCGGGGCCACAGUCCCAGCUCCUGUGUGGUGCCGUCAUCGAGCGACCCCAGGGCCAGGAGGUGCUGGCGGCAUCGAAGGCCAUCAUCGUUAAGGAGUUUCAAACUGACGUGAAGCUGACGGCGCCGCCAAACCCCUUCCGCAAGUCGUGCGAGCGCGAGAUCGAGGAGUACCGGCGGGAGGUGGAAAGCAAGCAGCAACCUGGCGGCGCAGACUUGAACGAGAGGCACGAGGAGCAAGUCGAGGAGAAGGCCCCAGCGCCACCGGCCACGCCUCCCAAGCAGGCCGACGGUCAAGACAAACCUUCCGAGGCGUGGGAGCCCAGCGCUGCCCAGGCCCCUGGAGACUCCCAGCCCCAGCUCCAGCCCCAGCUCCAUCCCAAGCCUCACACCCUGCCAAAGCCACAGCCAGCUCACAGCGACACCCAGGCGCACUCCCUCACACUGCCCUCGGCGGCCACGCCGCCUGCUGCCCAGCACGAUGAGGGCACCGACGAGGAGGCGCUGUCGAAACGCUUGAGCAGCGUUUCGGUCGAGGGGGGUGGCGCCUCCAGCCCUGGCGAGGAGGCCUCCCCUGAGGCCUCCCCGGCCAAAUCGCCCUCCAAGAAGAAGAAGAAAUUCCGCACACCCUCCUUUCUUGCCAAGAUGAACAAGAAGAAGGAGAAGGCUGAGGCCUGAGGUGGGAGUGUGUCGGCCUGUGAGGGAGGCGAUGCUCACGGGGCUCAUGCCCCACGGUCGGGCGCCGCCUCCCAGGGGGGAAGCAUCAUCGCAUCGUACUGCGCUUCUUUUAAAACUGCAGUUCGCGACAACGCUCACGUUAACUCAUGUUUUUGUACUGUACCUAGAGAAACUCAUUGUUAUGCUUACGUUUUACUUAAUCCUGAUAACUGGCAAUUUUUAAGCUGUGACAAAAACAUUAGGUAUUUAUAGCGAAAGGCAGUCAGUGUUAGAGCCUUGAGUAGUGUGUAGUGACGUGUAGCUGUGCGUCUGUGUAGUGUGGUUGCGCUUUCGUGGUUUUAACUCUGCUGCUUAGCAGCGCUCGGUCUGGUGGGGCAGCUCCAGAGCCACAAGACCCCUCGUCCGCAUGGAAUGGCGACGGUGAGAGGGAUCCGGUGCUGUCCCCCUGUGCCAGCCUUCUCGGCCGGUGCGGUAAUGAGUGGCCAGUGCAUGGAGGCGCCCCGAGCAGGCCAAAUUAAACAACUCAAUUCUGCAGCCCCUGUCGUAGUAGCCUGAAAGAAGCCAUCUCAUGUCAAGUUAUUUUUGCUUUUUAUUCUCUUUAAGUUGAAAUUUGUAUUACUAUCUAGGAUAGAUGAAUUUUUAAUAAUAUUAAACAAAAUGCUGCUUAUUUAGCGACGCGUAACAUUGCUGCAAAAUCCGUUUUACGACUAUUAACAUCGAGACUGGCCAUUCAUAGCUUAACCUCAGCUGGGGUGUGAAUUUAAUGACCAGGAGAGUGUUCACGUUGACCACUAGGAUUUCUGUGCAGUGUAGAGCAGCGAGGGGGGCAGCAAUGGCUGCUGUGGCAGCGGAGCGUAGGGUGGAGUUUGUUGCGUUCUGAGCCGAAAAAAAGCAUUUGCCCCCUCGUUGGAUUUGCCACUUAGUACAGCACAGCUGUGCUCGUACUUGUGUAGUAACAGAGUUGUCGAUAGACAGGCUUGUGUUGUCACCCGUCUGUACAGCCCUGUCAUGUGCACAGGUUAUAACCAGCGCUGCAGUGCAAAAUACUGCUUCUCUGAAAAAUUAUGCAGCAGUUCUAACCUCAUCCCUAAUAUCAACCCUAUCCUGUUUGUGUGUAUGGUUUACACCACAGUCAUUAGCAUACCCGCGUUGCGAUUGCCUGACACUAUAUUCUGAAGGGCGUUUUUUUCUUUCACGAGGACAUCGUGUGUGUACAGCUGCACUUGACCCUGAAGGCGUCUCGCGACCCGGUGGCAGAGAAACGCUGGCAAAUGCGGCGCUGUGAAGUCGUGCUGCCGUGGAAUUGCUCCUGAAGGGGCAAUCUUCUCCGUCCAUGGGAACAGCAAUCCCAUUGGACCGGAUCCCACAGUUCCAGGGAUUCUUAGGGUUACAGUCCCACAAUGGUCAUGUGACUCAAGGACCACCGGUAUGCCUGGUAGAAGGCCCAAGUACCUGGUAGAAGGCCCAAGUACCUGGAGGAGUCCUGCCUUUGGCCACACGCAGCUCUCGGUAUACUCAAAUAUGCAUUUCGUUGAGACUGGAAUGGCUUUUAAACCUGGUUUUAAUUAAGAGUGGAAUAAACAUGUGUGUUUUAGAAUAUCCAAGUUGUCAGCACAGGCUGUCUCUUCGCUCAGUCUAGGACUGACCAGUACAUUCAUCUCCAUAGCACUAAUGCCAUUUUUUCAUUACGUAGCUCAUUGAUAGUACAUAUAAAAGCAAGUAUUAACUUGUAACAGCUUAUACUUGUAUGAAAUAAACAAAAUAAAAUGUACUGCAUGUAUGGUAAUCGCUACU